GCCUAAAAGGCAAGCCAAGCAACGGCCUGUUUCCCGGGAUUUGCAAGAGUGUUAUUGUUAAUUUCUGAUUAUCAUCAUCAUCAUUAUUGCACGUUUCCCCUUCUCUCCUUCGCCGUCCUCGCUUCAAAGGGCUCGGGGAGCUGCGGCUGUCGCGGCCGCGCCGGCUUCGGCAGGAGAUGGACGCUGCCGCGGCGGGGAAAGGUGCCGCAGAACCAGCCUCGGGGUUAAUUGAAGUGGAACAGAAGUUCCUUUCCGGACCUGACACUGCAGAGAAGUUGGUGGCUCUGGGAGCAACGCUGGACGGCAUCCUCACCUUCCGGGACCGGUACUAUGACCGUGCGGACUAUCGCCUCACUCUAGCAGACCACUGGCUCCGGGAGCGCGAGGGGGCCGGCUGGGAGCUGAAAUGCCCUCCACCGUCCACCGCCAGUGUUUCGGGGCCCACGAGUGGCUCCGCCACGGAGAGCCUGGGGCCACGGCGUCUCCCACAGACAGCAAGCAGCCCUCCGGCGCAGCAGCCCCUGCAGGCCCUCGAAGUUGCCGGCCGGCCGCACACAGCCACGCAUUACCUAGAAGUAACGAGCCCCCGAGAGACUGUGGCCCGCAUCUGUGCCCUCUUGGGUGUGGACCCGGCCCUGGCUUGGCACGACGACGUGGCCGCAGCCGUGGAGGAGCUCGGCCUGCAGGAGUUUGCUAGCUUCGUCACCCAGCGGAGCAAAUAUCGCUUGGGUGACUUGAACGUGGUCCUAGACGAGAUGGACUUCGGGUACGCCGUGGGAGAGGUGGAAGCUAUGGUCAGGCAGGAAGAGGUCCCGGCUGCGCUGGAGCAGAUCCGAAAGCUGGGAGUCCACCUGGGGUUUGAUGAGACGACCAGGUUUCCUGGCAAGAUGUCUGCUUAUCUGUAUAAAUUCAAGCCUGCACAGUACAAUGCCUUGUUGCAACGGGGAAGAGUGGCCGAUGGCACGAACAGGGAAGGGGCCAGAACCUGAUUGGGCCUGGGAAGAACCCUUGGGUUGGUGGGGUGAUGCACCCCCGUAAGCUAUUUAAACUGGGACCAGUAUCAUCCUCAAACAAGAGGAAAAGUAUUGUGACUUAAAUAGUAAAGAAAAAGAGAGGGGGAAGCCCA